GUUUGAUGUGUAUGCAGCUUCCUAAGCCGCCAUCCGCAGCAGGGGGGGGACGGUCUUUCUUCCGUGAUUGUCUUUUCCAUCCAUCCCACCUCUCCGAUCACCCUGUGGCAUGACGGCAUGCGUUGAACUUUGGUCCGAUAGGCUGCGUGUUGUUGUUUUAUGACUGCGGAAGCCCGGAGCCAGCUGCACUGCCUCGCUGCUUUCUGGAGCAGCUAAGAAACGAAACUUUGAAUUUGCGGAACGAUCGACCUCACUAUGUUCCACCUUUGACGUCGAUUUAAGAACAAGGGGAUGGACGGUGAGAGAAGUGAUGGAGGCGGAGAAGGAGAUCCAGAGGUGGAUGAUGAGUUUGCGUGUGCUGGGAUGCUGCGGGGAUCUCUGACCUCUCUGCACAGGACCGUGGAGCGGAUAUUCAGUGUGAAGUUUGUUAUCGGGGCAGAUGAUUUGUCCAAUGGCAACAACGGGCAGAUAUGGCUGAAACUACGAGGGCAGAGCAACAAUGUGAAAGCUGCCAAAUUAUUUGUGAAAGGACUUGUGAACCAGGAGGAGCAGCAGGAGGUAUCUUAUCCCGGGGUUCUUCACUGCAUCUUCUGUGGAGCCAGAGGGCUGUUCAUGGACUGCCUGACAAAAACCACCUCAGCACAUAUAGUGGUUGGGUCUACAGGAUUCCUGCUUAUAUCAGGCCUCACAGAGCCGGUGGUGCGAGCCUACUCCCUUAUUGCAGACCUGGUGGAGAGGUAUGAGGGCACGCAGUCCAGACGCUCGGAGGCUGGGGACAGGGGCCCGGGCGAGUCUCUGGAGUCACGCCGGGCAUUCAAAACUCUGGUGGAGAAAUGGGAGGACAAGCACAUCCUGGAUCUCCUGGUGCUGCCUGGGUCAGUGAAGGAAAUCCUGCUGGAUUUGGUGAAAGAAUCAGGGCUUGGAUCAAGCCUCAGCCCGGCGCUGACAGAUGGAGGUGCAGAGGCAAGAUCACAUGAUGAUUUUGAAGGUAGAUGGAACAAACCCGCCGCCAUUACGUACACACUUCCUGAGCCUUUGAGGACUACUGAUCGGUGGAUUGAAGGGAUGACUGCUGGCUCGGGGAAAGACUCUGCAGACUCCUUAUUCCAGUUUUUGUCCACUUCUGCUGGAGCCCAAGGUAGGUCAAAGGGGGCUGAGGAAAGACUCAUGCAUGCUCCACAGGAGUUGGGAGAAGAGGAGCAGCUGGAACAAGGGGCAAUGUUAGGUACCAAAGUAAAAGAGGGACAAGGGGAGGAGGAAGAACCGGACCUGCAUUUGUCAGUGGGAAACAAAGAGUUUUGGCUUCUUUUGAAGUUCUUUACAGCCAUGGGCUACACUGAGGAUGUAGUGAAACGAGUCCUUGCCCGAACGGGUCCUAAAGAGGCCUCGCAGAUACUGGAUGUGGUUCAACAAGAGCAGGAUCUCAAUGACCGGAAGCAGAGAAAGACAAAUCCAGAAGGUGUUGCAUCAAAUCAAAGCGAGAAGAACCGACCAUGCGAGACUGAGCACAGAGAAGACAAAGAAAUGGAAGUAGGAGGAGAUGAGGUGAUCAGUAGUAAUGGGGAGGUGGACAACCUUUGUGAGGGAGAGGAAGAUGGAGCAACAGCAAGCACGAGACACCUCAAGGGGAGUGCAGAGGUGAAUGAAAAAAAAGAAGAAGGACAAGAGGAAGACUUUGUCCUUGGAGUGGUGAAGAAAGCAGCAGCCAGCUGCGGCUACAUGGAGCAGAAAGUGGCCAAGGUGUACAACAGGUUGCCUGAUGGAUCCACUCACCAGCUACUCCUGGAGCUGCAGAGAGAGGGGAGCAAAGAGAUGGACACCUUUAAGGAGGGGCCGAGAGAGAUGGAUGAUGUGGUGCUGGAGAAAGAGAGACGAAAAGUUGGACCAUCUGAGGACAAAGCAAGAGAAACUGAGCUUUUCAUACCAGCAGAAAAGAGAAAACCCGACAAUAAAGGACAGGUUGACGUGCCAAAUCUAGCUGUAUCUGAGUUUAAUAAAUUCCAUAAACUCACAAACUCACAAACUCCACACCAAGGCUUCCUUCCUGAAGUCAAAGGGCCACCCAGGCCUACUUAUCCCCCAACCCUACAUCCUGCACUCACCCUUUUCCAAUCCAAUAAACAAUAUGGACAAACCCCGUAUUUGCCUAAUCCGUCCACCUCAAAACAAAAUCAUCUAACCCUAGACAACAUCUUGAACCCAAAGCCCCAGCCUUCUAACUCCUUAAAACAAGUGCUCCACGCCCCUCAACCCCCCAUCUCGUCUCCCACCGGAGCGAAGGAAAGACAGGUUUUUGUGCCCGCGGUAGUGGUGACAGGAGAGCAGCGUUUCCUCGAAGGCCUGCAGAUGCCCUUCAAACUUCAGCUAACAGACAAACCUGGCAACCCGAACGUUAGGACGAUCAUCAUUGACGGGAGCAAUGUGGCCAUGAGUCACGGGUUGGGUCAUUUCUUCUCCUGUCGAGGUAUAGCUCUGGCCGUCCAGCACUUUUGGGACCGAGGCCAUCGUCACAUCAGUGCCCUCCUGCCACAGUGGAGACAGAAGAGUGACCCCAAGAUCAAAGAGCAGCACUAUAUGGCUGAGCUACAGAAUCUGGGCCUGCUCUCCUACACCCCCUCCAGAGAGGUCCAGGGCAAGAGGAUCAGCUCAUACGACGACAGAUUUAUGCUGCAGCUUGCGCAGAAGACAGACGGAGUGAUUGUAACUAACGACAAUCUGAGAGACCUUUCAGAUGAGUCCCUUGUAUGGAGGGAGAUCAUCAAAAAGAGGCUCCUUCAGUACACGUUUGUCGGGGAUCACUUCAUGGUGCCGGACGACCCUCUGGGCAGAGGAGGGCCUCACCUGGAUGACUUCCUACGCUCAGGACACAGGACUCCCGACCCAGGAAACCACUCUUUUGCCGGAGUAGCCACCGCUUUCCCUUCCUCCAAAGCUCCCCGCUCCCAAACGGAGGUCCUUAACUUCCGCGAUCGGACACUGGGUGGAUCUCUCAAUGCUGCAACAAGUGGAGGGAACAGGGGUAAAGGGAGAGGACAUGGAAAGGGAUGGGACACGGGACACCAGCAGAGGCAGCUCGGAUCUGUGGGACAAGGGUUCGGUGCAGACAGGAGCGCCGAGGAAACAGCCAGCCUGAGAGAGCAGCUCUGUCACAUUUUCCCGGGUCAGGACAACAUGGUGGCGCUGGUGCUGCAGUGCCACCCGGCAGAGACGGAUAUGAAUGUGCUGUCUGAUCUGAUCUUGGAGCAUUAGAAGGACAAGACAUCUGUUAGUCUGAGUGUUUUCCAAAAAAUUCAAAAAAAAAAAGAAUUGCCCUGGUUUAACUACAACAAGUCUUACAGAAUUUUACAAAAAGACCAGAUUUUCAGAUGAGUGGUGGAACUUUCUGUUGACAGUCCAACACACACACUUUAACUAUCAUGUCCUGCUUUUUGAUUACAGGUUCUUUGUCUCAUG